AUGUUAGAAUCAGAUAUACAGCUCACAAGUGAUCAAAAUCAGUCCUUUUUCAACAAAACAAAAUCUUCAUUCAACUCAUGCUUGAAGAUGACUGUGAAAAUCAUAUUAUUGCCAUUCAACUUGAUCCUGGCACGCUUAAUGGGUUCACUUCUGGCAGUCUUUUUGAUAGCUAUACUCUUGUAUUGCUUUGGUUCCUUCUUUGAAUCAAAAUCUAAUUGGCUUGCAGGAUCCAAAUUUUUUUUCAAUUUGUUUCCUUCAGUUAGCGGUAUAUACUGCUCAGUCUUCUCUGGUAAAUCAUGCCAAUCACAAUAUUUACAAAGCUCAAACUCCAAAGAAGAAAUCGGACGUAUUGCAAAGACCCUUUCAAGCACCACAGCAAAAGCAUCCAAUGUUUUCGAAUCUAUUUCUCACUUGAGCAAUCCAACCAACCUCGAAAUUUACCAGACAGAAAUAUGGGAGCUUACUUUUGCAAUCCGAUAUUCCAGUAAUCUUGAAGAAAAAGAUGUGAUGGCUGAAGAACUUUGGGAAUUGGGAGGAAUGACCGGAAAAUUGAAGGACAAGGUUAUCGAAUUAAACGGGAAGGCAAUCAAUUCUUUUUCUUCCAUUGCGCAUGAAUUUGCACGUGUAGGAAAAGUUAUCCAAUUGGUUAGCAACGGGAAAAACUCAUACUCAAUCAAUACAAUACAGAAGAACUUGCAGCUAGCAUUCUCCAACUUUGACUGGGAGCUGAAGCGAUUGAUCGACUCCAUUGAGGAUUCAAUUCCUCUCGCUUCAAGAACAGCAAGUCUUGGUCUCCAAGUUUCGGAGAGAAUUCAUAAAGAACGAUACGCACUCCAAAGUUUUCAAGACAACCAGCCACUCUGGAGGAAACUACUUGAUCAGACCACCAAAGGUGGCAAGCGACUGAAGAGAGAUUUGACAUUGACAGCAAGAAGUAUUCACACUGCAAGAGCUCUACACACUGGUCUUGAGGAGAUUCGGAGCGAUUUGGUAUCUUACCGUAACCAUGUUUCACAUUUCAAAGCUGCAAUCUCAGGCUGGCAUCUGGCAGAUCAUGGUCUUACCGCCGAGUAUGAGCUUCACUCUAUGGAGACUACUAUCAAUCAACUUUGCGAAACAAUUUCAUCAGCCAAGAGAAAUACUCAUACAAAGUAUAUUAGAAUACCCUCUGUUGGUUUAUAG